AUGAAUACGACUGUCAACCGUAGAAAUUUUAUUUUAUUGGUUGCAAGAAAUUCAAGGAUAUUUGUUAAAUCGGAGCGAUCUAGUUGGAAACCCCUAAAUCAUUUCACUUGUAAAUACGCCCAUAGUGGCGUAAACUUCCCCGAGAAAAGCGGACCCAAAGAUUAUUUGAUAUCAACUAAUCCAGAGAGAAAUCAGUUACCAACUGAAAAACUAAUAACUGGAUCAGAAUCUAAAACUGUUCAUAGCGACAACUCGGACAACAGAAGCAAUAUGAGCUCCACUGCAACCAUUACGGCAACCUCUUCUGGCAUCCCAGCCAUGAAUAAAGAAGCUAAAGCAGGACUUUCUGCUGGUUAUAAUGCCUUUGAACACCCUCAGAUCAAAGCUACACUAUCACAAAUUGCACACAUCGCCCCUAGAUUUGCACUGAGAUCAGGUGAUGCCAAGGUGCUUUCAUCACCAGCUCAAUUUUAUGCUCUGCUUAAAGAAAAAAUUGCAUCCGCGAAGAAGCGCAUUUUUUUGGCUACUUUAUAUAUUGGAAAGCAAGAGCAUGAGUUCAUUUCUUGCCUUGAUAAGGCGCUAGAUCAAAAUAAUGAUCUUGAACUCUAUAUUCUUACUGAUGCUCUACGAGGAACUAGAGAAGCUCCAGACACUUGUACAGCAUCUUUACUAGCCCCACUAGUGUCCAAGCAUGGCUCCAACAGAGUUCAUCUUCGAAUGUAUCAUACUCCAAAUUUAUAUGGACUCCGCAAACAAUAUAUCCCCCAACGUUUCAACGAAGGGUGGGGUUUACAACACAUGAAGUUGUAUGGAUUUGACGACGAGAUCAUUCUCUCUGGUGCUAAUUUAAGCUUGGACUACUUCACCAACCGUCAGGAUCGAUAUAUUCUUUUCAAGUCUAGCAAGUUAACCGAUUACUUUUACAAGAUUCACCAGGCUAUUAGUACGCUAAGUUAUGAGGUGGUUCCAUUGAGUAAAGAUAAGAACCCAGCUGGAUUCAAGUUAACGUGGCCAAACCACCCUAGCAUUAUUCCUGAGCCCAUAGAAGAUCCUGCAACGUUUAUUCAGAAAGCUACUGAAACUUUGUUUCAGCUAUUGAGGCCAGAAAUGUCGGAAACCAGUCGAAAAACUUCCAGUCUAGCUAAUGAUGAGGUUUCAGAGCUUGGUGAAGUUGAACACGACAAGGAUGUGCUAACCUAUGUUUAUCCAAUCUCACAAUUCUCACAACUGUUACUGCCGGAUACUUCGACCGAACUUACUGUUCUGUCUCGUGUGCUGUCUAUGCUUGGAACAGACCAGUUUAACUGGACUCUAACGGCAGGCUAUUUUAAUAUUCAUCCACUAUUCAGUGAAAAGCUGCUCAAGACAUCUCCUCAACAUGCAGAUGUCAUUACAGCAGCUCCUCAAGCCAACGGGUUUUUCCGUUCCCCUGGUGUAUCCGGGGCUCUUCCAGGAGCUUACUCGUUUUUGGCUCGUAACUUCCUUCACAGCAUCAUCACCAAGGGUAAAGGUGAUAAAAUUAAACUCCAUGAAUGGUCAAAAGGCAUCGUCAAUGUUGCUGACGGCUGGUCAUAUCAUGCCAAGGGUCUAUGGAUCGCUUGCCCCAACCAACCCAACCCAUGCAUGACUGUCAUUGGUUCUUCUAACUAUACUCGUCGAGCAUACUCUCACGAUUUAGAGUCCAACUUAUUAAUAGUCACCAGUGAUCCAGAUCUCCAGCAACAGUUUGGUAACGAAGUGGCCAAUCUCAAAGUGCAUUGCAAGGAAAUGAGUCUCGAUGACUACGAGGCGGAUGACAGACGUCCCGACUGGAAGCAGAAACUUUUUGUCCGAUUCAUGGGUGACAAAAUGUGA